AUGCACAUUGCUUUCCUGAGCAACCCGGCCUCGGGCGAGCUCAACGUUCAGCUUACAACGGCCGAGCAGCUCGUGGCCCAAGGACACGCCGUCACAUUCCUUUCAGCGGAGUCAUGUCGAACCAAGAUCAAUCGGUUUCGCCAGGCUCAGAAGCAUUGCCAUCGAGACUCAAUCCAGUUCAUUAGUCUUGGUAGCGGGCAUACGGUGGAUGAUGUCACACCGUUCAUCCAGGAGCGAAUGCACCUGAUGCGCAGGGUCCCCGGCGACCCCGUCAGUCUGCAAACGUGCAUUGAAUGCGCGCUCGGCCCAGCAGAGGAACACGCCGCCACGGCCAUCAGGGUGCGCGACCAUCUCAAUGCGCUUGAUCCAGAUAUGAUCUGCGUCGACGCCUUGUCGCCCUCAUGUGUAACAGGAACCCGCCUGACGAAGCGAAAAUUCAUCCUUACAAUCCCCUGCUCUCCAGGACUGAGCGCACUACCGGGAGCUUUUGAUCCGCAUGUCGUUGCAUGGAACCGCCGUGGGUCCUGGGGGACGUUUUUCGAGAACCUCUACCUCUCCCUCAGCGAAUCCAUCCACAGCCGCACCCACCGCGACCGCCGAGAGAAGCACAAGAUCAUCAAGAAGCUGGGUUUGCGAUCGUACGGCGCCAACCGCGACUCGGCGCACUUCCCACCACACUGGAGCGACGACCACUGCGUGGCGGGCAUCCACUUCAACACCCCGGGGAUGAUCGACUGCCCCAGGCAAUCUUCCAAGUUUGUCUUCGUUGGCGCUGGUGUCUCUGAAGAUCCAGAGCUACCGGCCACCACAUUUCCCGAACUCGAAUGGAUGGACGAAGCAGCGUACAUGGGCCACGACGUCGUCUACAUCAACAUGGGCUCAAUGUUUAUCUGGGAGAGCGACGAGUUCGAAGCCUGUGUUGCGGGCUUCAAAGCAGCAUACAGAAACCUAGGAGGCCGCGUACGGUUCCUUGUGAAGAUCAACGGCCGUCCUCGCAGUCGAAGUCGCGGUCGCAUUCGCCACGACUCCACAGCAACCCCCGGAUCUGAGCAAAAGAAGGUCGAAUUCGACGACAUGGCCCAAUUGCCUCCUUAUAUCCGCUUAACCUCGUGGAUCCAGAACCAGCAAUCGGUCUACACCCACCCCGCCUUAAAGGCGUUUGCCCACCACGGCGGCGGCAACUCGUUCAACGAAGCCGUGCACUUCGCCAUCCCCCAGCUGGUGCUUUCCCAAUGGCUGGACACACAUGAGUACGGGCUCUACGCGGAGAGGUUUGGCUUGGGCCUGCGCAGCGCCCGGCCACCGCGCAUCGAAGCCGACGAUAUCCGUCUCAAGAUCGAGACCCUACUAGGGCCGAAGUGGGACGAAUACAAACGCAACUGCCGCGCUUGGGCAUUCCGAAGUCAAAUGGCUGGAGGGCCAGCUGCGGCUGCAAAGAUCGUGCUCUUCCAUGCUGAGAAUGAGAUGAGAGAUCCGGGGAAGAGGGUGUCUGAGGCCAGUGACUCGGGCUUGGGGUCUGAGCUGGAGUUGACACCCCCGUUAUCGCCUGUCCUGGAGGCCAAGGAAGAGGGCGAGGUCAAGGAGAUCAUGAUUUAUUCCUGA